UCUUGCGAGGAAGAAAUACGCCGGCGUACACACGUGUCUCGGACCCUGCAUACAUGAUAGACACAGUCAGCUAGUAGCUAGUGAGCUCAAAUAAAAUAACCUUAUCGAGCUAGCCACUUGAUUACUCGACCAUGGAGGACCUACCUGCAGAUAUCAAAGCGUUCCUUCUGAACCACCCAUUUCUUGAAUUUACGGAUGACGGUAAAAAGAUUAAAUGCACACUCAAUGGACAUGAUUGUCCUUGCAACCUCACAGAGCUCCAGAACUUCACGAAAGGGAAGAAAUAUCAGAAACUAAGUUCUACUGCAGAGUUCAACUAUGGUCAAUAUGAACCUCAUGUUGUGCCCAGCUCGAAGCAACCCAAUCAUCUCUUCUGCAAGUUAACACUCAGACAUAUCAAUUGCCUGCCACACCAGGUCUUACGGCACAUCAAUGGCAAGCGGUUCCAAAAAGCAAAGAAGAAAUAUGAAGCGUGUGUACAACAGGGGAUGGAGUACAUUCCAGCCAGCCUCCGACAGAAGAAGCCCAGAGAUAGCGAUGGGGAGAGGGGGCGCAACACCCAGCGGGGGAACACCCAGCGGGGGAAUGGAGCGUGGGCUCCUGACUCCAGCAACGAGGGUGGCAGCGACUCCGAGGACAGCAUGAGUGACCUGUACCCAUCCUCUUUAUUUUCUCUGCAAAAAGAGACUGAGGAGGGUAUGGAGGCGGAAAAAGAAGAUGACUUUAAAACAGAUGACGAUGAGGAGAUGGAAGUUGAUAAACAGGCGCCACAGAAACGCAAGAAGGUUCAGUCUGGUGGUUUCCAGAAGAAAUUCAAGAAUCAUAACUUGAAAAGAAAAGGUUUAAAGACCAAUGUGAAAGUAAAAAAUGUAAAAUAAAGGUGAAUAUAAAAUGUU